AUAAAAGGGAAGGAGCCGGCGGCGGGCGGAAGUGGGCGGUUCAGCUGCUCCCGGCGCUGUUGUUUGGUGUUUGCGCUUCUCGAGGGGCGUUCUGUGGUGGGCCGCCGGUGCAGGCCGCAGUGACAGGGCCGCUCGCCCCGCAACUCCUAGCCUCGGCGCAGCGUCCAGAUCGCGACUUACGCGACCCGCAGGCCCAACAUGGCGCAGGAGGUGUCGGAGUACCUGAGCCAGAACCCGCGGGUGGCCGCCUGGGUGGAGACGCUGCGCUCCGACGGCGAGACCGACAAACACUGGCGCCACCGCCGCGAGUUCCUGCUCCGCAACGCCGGGGACCUGGCCCCCGCCGGCGGCGCUGCCUCCGCUCACCCGGAGGAGGCCGCCGACGCCGAGAGCGGGACCCGCAGUCGGCAGCUGCAGCAGCUCAUCUCCUUUUCCAUGGCCUGGGCCAACCACGUCUUCCUCGGGUGCCGGUACCCUCAAAAAGUUAUGGAUAAAAUACUUAGUAUGGCUGAAGGCAUCAAAGUGACAGAUGCUCCAAUCCAUACAACAAGAGACGAACUGGUUGCCAAGGUGAAGAAAAGAGGGAUAUCGAGUAGCAAUGAAGGGGUAGAAGAGCCAACAAAAAAACGAGCCAUAGAAGGAAAAAACAGUUCUGCGGUUGAGCAAAAAGAUCAUGUGAAAAUUCCUGCCAAAACAGAGCGUGCAUCAGCUCAGCAGGAAAGUAGUUCAGCAUGUUCGGGAUCAACUACCAAGUCAGAGAGUAGUGGGAACUCAGCUCGGAGCUCUGGCACCCUGAGUCAGAAUAGCUCCACAAGUGAUGGAGAGCGCUCUGUUUCCAGCCAAAGCAGCAGCAUUCCCUCUCAGGUAACAGCGGUAGGGUGUGGAAAAGCUUCUGAACCAGAAGCUCCAGAUAAACAUGGUUCAGCGUCGUUGGUUUCUUCGUUGUUGAAAUCCAGUGUGAAUAGUCAUGUGACCCAGUCCGCUGAUUCCAGACAGCAAAGUGGAUCCCCGAAAAAGAGUGCUUUGGAAGGCUCUUCAGUCUCAACCUCUCAGAGCACCUCAGAGAUUGAGGUGCCCUUGUUGGGCUCCUCAGGAAGCUCAGAAAUAGAGUUGCCACUGUUGUCUUCUAAACCUAGUUCAGAGACAGCUUCAAGCGGGUUAACUUCCAAAGCUAGUUCAGAGGCAAGUGUUUCAUCAUCAGUUUCUAAAAACAGUUCCUCAUCAGGCACAUCUUUACUAACCCCCAAGAGCACCACCUCAGCAAACACGAUGCUGACUUCCAAAAGCACUUCGCAGGUAGCUGCAUCACUGUUAGCUUCCAAGAACAGCUCCCAGACCAGCGGCUCUUUGGUUUCCAAAAGCACUUCCAUAGCAAGUGUGUCCCAGCUGGCUUCUAAGAGUAGCUCUCAGAGUAGCACGUCACAGCUGCCUUCUAAAAGUACUGCGCAGGCGAGCGAGAGUUCUGUCAGAUUCUCUUGUUGCAAGUUAACCAAUGAAGAUGUGAAACAGAAGCAGCCUUUUUUCAAUAGACUGUACAAAACGGUGGCAUGGAAGUUGGUGGCCGUUGGUGGCUUUAGUCCCAGCGUGAAUCACGGAGAGCUCCUAAACGCAGCUGUCGAGGCUCUGAAAGCAACGCUGGAUGUGGUUUUUGUCCCGCUAAAGGAACUGGCAGAUCUGCCUCAAAACAAGAGCUCUCAAGAAAGUAUUGUUUGUGAACUGAGAUGUAAGUCUGUGUAUUUGGGCACUGGCUGUGGAAAAAGCAAAGAAAACGCAAAAGCAGUUGCAUCAAGAGAAGCCUUGAAGUUAUUUCUCAAGAAAAAGGUGGUGGUAAAGAUAUGUAAAAGGAAAUACAGAGGCAGUGAAAUCGAGGACUUAGUACUCCUCGAUGAAGAGUCAAGGCCUGUCAACUUGCCUCCAGCAUUAAAACAUCCUCAAGAAUUACUGUAAUAAUGUCCAAAAUGUCACUGUGUACAAUAUCUGGUAUUUGAAGAGAAAAACUGGCUUACUUUUGUAUAAUAUGAAACACAGGCUUUCACAAAUUUUGUAUUGCUUUUUUCCAGUUUUGCAGAAAAUUUACAUUCUAGUUCUCUUCACACAGUGGAAGUUGUAAAUAAUUUGUGGAUGACAGUAUACAUUAAAAGGUUUAUGCAUUAGCAGCAUACCAGUAUGCUGUUUUAUUUGCUGAAAAAAAUACUGUCUUCUAUUUUUAAUGACACAUUAGGUACGAUGUGUAGUUCUGUAGUCUUAAAAUUUUUGUACUACUUUGAAUUUGGUGAAAAUGUAUUAAGUUGUCUACCAUGCUUUUUUUUUUUCUAGCUGAAUAAACCUUCACAUCAAAGAAAAGGGGACCAUAGUAUUUGUCUGAAAGUCUGUGAAGCUUAAGGUUAAGAAUGUUGGCUAUAAUGUUGAACAUGUCUGUUAAAGAAUAAAAGAGAAAAUAGUUGCCUCAGACUAUUUUUAUGAGAAGCUGUAAGCAUUUUUUAGAUAUAAAGCAGUGUUAAAUACUUAAGGUUAUUUUAUUCUGAAGUUGUUUGAAAUUCACCAUGAUUUUGACCUCUGCAGAUUCUUUAAGUGGGUUAAUUUAUGUUUUGAGGUAAAGUACAAUUUACACUUUUUCUUAAAGACGUAAAUGUGGGUUUCUAUAUUAAGCAUAUUUUGUGACUACUACUAUUAACAGAUUGAUUUGUUUAGAUAUUAAAUGCUUUAAGCUAUUUUA